ACACAGGGCCCCUAUGCUGCGGCCCAUCUCAGCCAGGGCGCGGCGGCCGGGGGUGGAGGUGGCGACGGCACAGCGCAAUCCGAUCCGCCGCGCAGUACCCUCCGCGGCUCCGUGGGCCGCGGGAGGCGCCUGGCCGGCAGGCAGAGAAGGGGCGGCUCCUUCGGGCAAGGCUUGGUGGCACUCACACUGCUGCUGGGAGGCGGGGACCGGGAGGGGGAAUGAGGGCGCGGGGCCGUGGAGACCGAGAGGGCGGAGGGGGACGCACGGAGCGGCAGGCGAGGUCCCCGGGCAGGUGCAGCGGCAGGGUACGGAGCUCAGCACCCUCACGGCCGAGGCUUUCGGCACCCCGCGCCCCAGGCGGGGAGAUAUCCGAGCGCGGCGGAGCCGCCCCCCGCGUCAGCGCCAGCAGAUUGGUGGAGCGGCAGCCCCGCGAGUCACCGCCGGGUCCCGGCCGACUCCGCUCCCUUUCUCCUUUCUCCUCCCCUCGGCCGCGCCCAGCGAUGCCUCUGCAGCUCCCGGCCCGCUAAGGAGAGGGCGCCUUCUUCCCGUGGCUUGCCGAGAGAAGAUGGAGAGGCCCCAGAAAGAAAGAAGGCUCAUUUUACGUGACGGCUUCACCAGACAUUUCGAAGAACAUAUUUCGAAGGUCCCAGAAAUUGCUCAGAGUGCAAGGGAAAGAAGGAAGUCGCCGGGAGGUGUGAUGAAUGCAGAUCGGUGUAUCUGUCCCUCCGGUGAGCCAGACGUGACCCAAGUCUCCCCACCAUCACCUUGCAGCAGGAAAUCCAGAGCAUUUGUGAGGCCACAGCCCCUCAUCCAGGGGACCCAGGAUGAUCCCCUGAGACUGGGUGGGAUACGCCAGUAGGAGCUCCAGAAGCUUCGUCCCUGGAAUCUCCCAUGAACCCCUGAGGACCAGGGAGAGUGGUCACCAGCUCAGCAAGAGGCCACAGCUGUCCUGGCUCCCAGUGAGCAGAGAAGCAUGGAUUUUCCAGGUCUAACUUGGCUCCCUCUAGAGCCUCAGAAAUGCAGGUCUGGGGGAGAAGAGGGGUAUGGGCAGGGGAGGGACAGACCCACAGCCAGACUCGCACGAAGACAGACCCAGGGCAUAGGCCCAGGUGACCCUGUGGUCCUCCGGACCAGGACGCCAGUGGAACCCCCGCCUCGCGCUCCUUCCCUUGCCUGUGCCCACAUAGGCUGCAGGUGAAGGUGCGUCUUCCCCACCGCUCCCCAGGUCUGCACCAGGACACUGGGGCUGGGGACCCUGCUCAGCCCUGCCCCCUCACAGGCUGGCUAGCACAAGCCUCCUUCACAGCCUCCCCUCCAGCUGCUCCUGGAUGGAGCACUGAGCCGGGAAGCCAUUUUUAAAGGUUGGGGUUGCUCAAAGCAAAAAAGAAGAAAAAAACUGCAGUUGGGUUUCUGAUUAUCGCAAAUAGGAAAGCUGCCUCUACUGGAAAGCUGUGGGUCCCAUGAGCUGUGGGGAAGCAAAACAUGGCGGGAACCCCGUGAAGAGCCUGACGUUCCCUCCACCCCCUCUCUGGCAAACUCCCAUACAUACCCUAAGGGUCUCUUCAGGGGUCACCACUCCUGUGAACCCUCCUAGACAGGGCUUGCGUCUCCCUCCUCUGGGGUGGCCCAUCACCACAGAGCAUAGCUGUGACCCCACUGACCAGCAACCGCCCACAGUUGGGUGUCAGUGAGUACCCCUAGUGCCUCCCAUCCCUUCUUGCCUUCUGGGCACACAGGAUCUGUGUGGUCUGGCCUCUGCCACCCCUGUGAGGUAAAG